AUGCCGGCGAAACGAAAAUCAAAUGGAAGCACCAGCGGCACCAAGAGGAGCACGAAAACAACGAGAAAACAGUCAAACUCUGAUGAUAACGAGCAAAGCGGAUCCGAAGACGAGAAUAAUGUCGAAUUCGACAAAAGCAAACUUCAGAAGGCUUUCAAAUUUGAUUUCGAAGAACUUAUGGCCGAUCCCUUGUUCAGUCAUCCAGAGUUCAUUCAUACAAUGGAACCGGAAGACUUGACGAUUGAGUUUUUCGAAAAAGAGGGACUUGAUAAGCCGAUUCACUUCAGAUGUGAUCCGAAAAGAAUAGGCAUGACGUAAGUUCUGAACAUUUGCAAAAAAUGAUUAUCUGUUUCAGUCUGCCACCAUCGUCAUUCUCAGUAGACGACGUCUUAGAGUUAGUUGGUGGGAAUCGGAUGAUAGAGGUUGUACAGGUGGAAGAUCAGGGAAGCGUCAAAAUGUCCCUUCAGGAGUUUGUCGACUUCUACAAGUGAGUUUCCGUGAACUCAGUGACACACUUAUUAUAGGAGCAUCUCACAGAAAUGGCGCUCUGUUCGCAAUCUGGCCGAAUUUCUAGGCCGCGAAGUAAUGUUCCACUGAAAAUGGGGUUUACUUUUCAAACUCGGCCCCGAGGUCACUCCAUUUGCAGUGCAAAAACAGUUUCACAACGGAGCGCCAUUUCUGUGAGGUGCCCCUAUAAUACUAAAGCGUUGUUUUCCAGAACACCACAAAAAGAUCGCAAAAAACUGUACAACGUUCUCUCGCUGGAGUUCUCAUUGACUCCGCUCGAAGAUCUUGUCAAAUCGCCUUUACUUGUUCGUCAAAUUGACUGGGUGGGAACACGCUGGCCAGACGCUCUCCGUCAGCGAUGGAUUUCGUUCAACGGAAGAGAAAAGAAGCAGUACAAUCCUCACCACACAUUCCCGAAAGUGCAAAAUUACUGUCUGAUGAGCGUCUCCAAGUGCUACACUGAUUUUCACAUCGACUUCAGUGGGACUUCGGUCUGGUACCACGUCUUGAAGGGACGCAAAGUGUUCUGGUUGAUACCGCCGACGGAAACCAACUUCUUCAUCUACCAGGAGUUCAUCAAAACAGUCGGCGAUAACGCGUUCUUUGGAAAGACCGUCGAAAAGUGUCACAUGGCGAUACUGGAGCCGGGAGACACGAUGCUCAUCCCCAGCGGAUGGAUCCACGCAGUAUACACUCCAGAUGACAGCCUCGUUUUCGGAGGAAACUUUCUUCACUCUCAGUCUUGCAAAACUCAAAUCAGAGUUUAUCAAGUUGAGAACAAGCUGAACGUAUGUAUCCCUCAAAGCUCUGAAAUGCUCAAGCGCUAUUUUAGAUCACCCGUAAAUUCCGACUACCAUACAACGAGGAGCUCCUGUUUUACGUCGUCGCCGACUACGUUAAAAAGUGGACAGGUCGGGAAUACGUGCGUCCGCUUCGAAUUGAAGAUGCCAAAAUGGAUUACGUGGGAGAGAAGUGGCAAGCAGCCGGAGGACAUCAUCGCAAAAUAAUCUAUUCUGACUACGAGACAGGCGUCGAACUGACGAAUGAGAUGAUUGGAAAUGAGGAAGGAAUUGCUAAAGAUGGUAAAGAGAGGGAAUAGAAUGGGCGAAACAAAUAUGAAUAGUUAAAGAAGUCAAAGUGAUUGCAAUGCACGCCGAGAACUCGAUGUUCGGUAAUCCGAAUCCUAUGAUCAGUAAGAUGGCGUUCGCGGCGGAAAUGGGAUUGGAGGCGGAAGCGGAGGACGACGAUGAGGAGAAGUACACAGAGACGAAAGGUUUAAAACGGAGAUGACUUUAAAAAGCAACACUAAGAUAUUCAGAAGACAUGGAAAUUCGGAGAGACGCUGAGAUUGACGAACUCGCCCGCACGAAUCCGCUGAUCUUCUACAAAAACUCGGUUCGCUCUCGCAUUCCGCAUUUCUCAAAUCAUUCGCAAUUCUUCUAGAAACAUGACUUCAUCCGCAACAAGUGCGUCCCCGAUCACAAACUCCCGAUCGGGCACGAGCCACCGAUCGAGUUCAUCGCUUCGGAAAUCUUGCGAAUUUCGCCACGUCUUCUCGAAGAACUAGAAGCACUUGGCAGCUAUCUCCGCCGGAAAGCGCGAGUGGAAGUGGCGGAGGGAAUCUGUCAACCGGCCUCGCUUCUUCACGCCUUCAACACGGUCCUCAAAAAGCGGCGCGCCGAUUUGGUUAGUUUGAAAAAUCAAUAAACGGAAAAGAAGGGAAAACGAAAAGAAACAAACAGAAAGGCCGUUCGGCGUCUCCGUCUCCCUUUCCCUCCCUCUCUCUCUCUCUUUUCGAUUGUCUCUCCACAGGGGACACCACAGUUUUUGUGUGAACCACGUGGGGAUACGUCAGAAAGACUGCUCCAGAGUGUUUACAACAGUUAUUGAUUCGCAAAUCGCACUCCGCAGAUGGCUAUUCAAUUCAUAUCCACCGCUGACUCGCAAUGAGCGAAAAACGCAAGAGUUGUACUCGUCGAUAAUAUUCUAUCAAUCCUAAUAGUCGCGUUUAACUGUUUCAGCAAUGUUAA